AUGACAAUGAAAAACUACAGUGCUAUCAGAGAAUUUAUUCUUCUUGGACUGUCUACUGAUCCCUACAUCGAGGCCGUACUCUUUGUGUUGUUCCUUCUGAUUUACUUCCUUACUCUUACUGGGAAUUUCUUAAUGCUGCUGGUGAUCACAGCUGAUUCUCAACUGCACACACCCAUGUAUUUCUUCUUAAAACAACUGUCCUUCCUAGACCUCUGCCACUCAUCUGUUACAGCACCCAAGAUGCUGGAGAAUCUACUUUCUGAAAGAAAAACCAUCUUUGUAGAGAGCUGUUUGGCUCAGGCCUUUUUUGUGUUUGUCACUGGUGGCACUGAGGCCUGUCUGCUGGCUGUGAUGGCUUAUGACCGCUACGUUGCCAUCAGCUUCCCUCUGCUCUAUGGCCAGGUGAUGAAUACCCAGCUCUGUGUAGGGCUGGUGUGUGUCUCCUGGGGUCUGGCCUUUGUUGACGCUCUCAUCAACAUCCUCCCAGCUGUGAAUUUAGACUUUUGUGAGGACAAAACUAUUCCCCACUUCAGCUGUGAGCUGUCUUCUCUCUUUCCUUUGUCUUGCUCUGCUACCUCUACCAACUUCACCCUCCUGCUCUGUUCAUCUGUCUUACAUUUUUUUGGAACCCUUGUUAUGAUUGUUUCUUCUUACACCCGUAUUGUCUCUACUAUCAUGAAGGUUAGCUCCACCAUGGGCAGAAGCAAGGCUUUCUCCACCUGUUCCUCUCACCUCACUACAGUGAUCUUGUUUUAUUGCUCAGGCUUCAUCAGCUAUCUCUUACCAACUUCAGGUUCCCCUCUGGAAAUGAUCUUCUCUUUGCAAUACAGCAUGAUCACUCCCAUGCUGAAUCCCCUCAUCUACAGCCUGAAGAACAAGGAGGUGAAGGCAGCGGUGAGAAGAAUGCUCAGAAAAUAUUUCUAUCCUCUCAUGUAG